UUUUACUCUUUGGAUACCUACUUACUAUUGUACUCUUUGAUUUACUAUUGACUGUCAAAACAAUGUAUUCAAAUUGUUAUUUAUUUCCAUUUUCCAGAUAUAAUUGGGGAAAUAUUAAUGUGUACGGCGUCGUAAAAUGGAUACGUGGUCCAAUUUGUGUCGAUGUUGUUUAUCGCCUGAUUCCGAAGUGUCAAUACUAGGAGGAGACCAAAAUGUUGAAGAAAAGUUCUUGGAAACUACAUCUAUUGAGGUCAAAGCCGAUGAUGGAUUGCCACAGAGGCUUUGUUCCGAAUGCUACAGCAUAAUGACUUCUGCAUACCAGUUCCGGAAGCAGUGCAUCAAAAUGGACAGUGAGUUGAAAGUACAACUGAAUGCACUUUUAACACAAGUACAAGAAGAUCAACUCACUGAAGAAGAAGGAAAUGAUAACUCUAACAAAACUCAAGAUGAAACAGAUUUAGAUGAAAUUUUGGCUUUAGCUAAUGAUCCCUUCAAGCAGUUAGAAAGAAUAAUAAAAAAAGAACCAAGUGACAGUGAUGAUGAUUGUUAUUAUGUAGUUGUCAUUGAUAGUGACAAAGGAGAGAAUAACCAGGAAGAACUUCAUAAAAUUACCAAUAAAACUCCUGAAAUCAAACAAGAAGUUGAAGAACAGCCGCAGCCAAUAAAAAAGGAAAUGGAACAAUCUGUUUCUGAACAGUCAAGUGGGUUUGAUAACCUUAAUUCUCUUGAUCUUUUCAUAAUGUCCAAUCAAAAAGUGCCUAUCAAUGUACCUGCUACAAUUCUUGAAAAUGAAGAAGAAGAACAGGAUAUGGAUACAAAUGAUAAUGGUCAAACCAUGGAUAUUGAUGAACCAGUUGUUGAUAAUGCAACUAAAAUUCUCUCCACCAUUGAGGAUUCUCAGGAUGGCAGCAAUAUUAUUACAGGGGAUCUAGUUGCUGAUUUGGAUCCAAAAAGUUUAAUCAAAAUUGUGACAGGUACUGAUGGUAGAACUAUCCUUCUGAAAACUGGUGAAGAAAUGCAGUAUCUCACAGGAACAGAGCUGGUUGCUAGUAAUGAUGGAGAUCAGGAUCAGGAAGAAGUUAUAUACUGUGAUGCUGACGAGGCUUCACAAUACCAGAUUUUAAAAUAUGAUGGUGCUGAAUUAGUAAUAGAGUAUUCUGAUGAUGGUCAAAUAGCAACUAUAGUUCAACAAGAAGAUGGUAAAUUUGUUUGUGAAUGUGGGGACCAGUUUGAGGAUCUAGGAGAGUAUGAAAAGCAUCAAUUUAAACAUAAUCCUGGUGGAGAACACCUGUGCAAUUUAUGUGGCAAGGGUUUUGAGUCUUCCGAGAUCCUAACCGGCCAUAUGCUGCUCCACAAAUCCACAGGCUUGCUUAUAACUUGCCCAUUUUGCAACCAGCUCAUCAAGAGGAAUACCCUCACUCAACAUAUCAAAUAUGGACACAAUAAUAUCAAACCUCGCUGUUCUGUUUGCUUCAAAACAUUUGCCAACCCGAACAAUUUGAAACGUCACAUGAUGAUUCAUAGUGGUGUCAGAGAAUUUGAGUGUGAUAUAUGUUCAAAGAGAUUCCACCAGAAAAUUACUAUGCAAGUUCAUAGAUUAACACAUAUUAAUCCAUUUGCAUGCAACCAAUGCGAUAAGACAUUUGAAAAUAAGGUUGAAAUGAAUGCACAUAAAGAAUCGGACGAGUGCUCCAAAUCGAAAGUUAAGAAGGUGAAGGAAGAAUUGAUGAAAACUGUCAAACAAGAGGUCACAACGAAUCACGGACUACUUUUAGGUUAUGCUUGCUCACUAUGCAAAAAAAUGUUUUCUGUCGAGUCUGCCUUAGAGCAACAUGUUGAAAGUACUCACAUUUCUGAUCCGAUGGAGUUACUGUGCUCUGAGUGUGGUGAAGUCUUACCCUCUAAGAAAGAUAUGCAGAUCCAUAUGAUGACGCAUAAAAAUAUUAAGAAUAAAACAACAAAGAGAUUUGAAUGCAGUAUAUGCAGUAAAGGUUGUUCUAGCCAAGCAAUGUUGAUUAUGCAUGAGCGAGUACAUACGAAUGAAAGACCAUUUCCUUGUCAAUUGUGUGCAUUGAGAUUUAAGACUAAAACUCAUUUACGGACACACCAACUGACUCAUACGAGAGAAAAGAAAUUUGGUUGUUCGGUCUGUAUGAAAUUUUUUGCUUUGAAAGGCAACCUUGUUGUACAUUUACGAACACAUACAGGAGAGCGUCCAUAUGUAUGUACAUUGUGUGGUGAAGCAUUUAUAGACUCAAAGUAUCUCAAAAAACACAAGUUAAAGAGGCACGCCAUAGAAAAUGUACCAUGGAACAAAUAUUAACGCAAACAAAUUUUUUUUUCUUGAAUGCCAAAUGGAGUUUUGUUUUACUAGUUAGUUAUUUUUUUCUAAUUUUUGAGCAAGACUGUUGUAAAUAGUUAAAUUAUUACACAAUUUGUUAGAUUUAAGUUUCACAUGAAGACGAUCUGUAUCAAUUUUUUAAGAAUUGUGUAACUUUAUUAAUUUGUACAUGGUGAUUUUAACAUUAUUUCAACAAACUUGUGACUCAACUUUCCACUUGUCAUUGUGUGGAUGAAGCAAUAGUAUAUUCAUGUAAUCACGUCUUUAUCACUUAAUAGAUAGACAGAGCCAAAAGUCUUGAAGAGACUAAAAUUCCACCUUAAGCUGUAUGUUUAGCAUACUCUUAUACCUUCUUGGUAGUUAGAUGGCUAAUGAACUUGGGAUUCUUUUUUUAGUUAGACGAUGGAAUAUCAACCUAUCACUCUACUUAAAUCUCAAUUCCAUCAUUAAGCCAUACAGCUGAAUUUGUUUUUUUAAAGACUGAGGCUCUGUCAACUUGUAAGGGGGAAAGACGUUAUAAUAAGUGUGAAAUUAUAUCUUAAUCCUUAAAACAUCAUCAUCUUUUAUCUAAUAAUGUCAUACUAUUCUUCUCAUGGCGUUUUACACUGCAUGUUUUUUUAUCGUCAUUUUUAUUUUGUGUUGAAAUUCAAAUAUGUAUGAGAUCAUCAUACAUACAGCUAUUUUUACAGGUAUUAAUUCACGAUGGCUUUGUUUUAAAUACCUAAAGGUAUUAUGUAACAUGACAAAAAGAAACUUGCAUCAUGUUAGGACUUAUGAUUCUAAUUGAAUGCAUACGUGACUAACACCAAGACAAUUACAAUUUUCGGGGGAAGUCGGGGUUAUUUACCAAAGCUGACAAAUCAUGUCUUCCCUUUUGCUCUGCAUUGUUAACCAAAAAGAUGGAGAGAGAAGACAUAUGCCUUGUCAACAUUGGUAAAUAACUGUUUUCAAUUGAGGUAACUAGUGAUACUAUCACCGAAAGAUUCAACAUUUUAUAAGUUUUUGUACAACUACUCUAAAGCAAAUUCGUUUUAUUCUGUGUUUUAAACAUACAUAAAGCCACAACUCUUCCACCACGUCAAGCCACGCUCUUCGGGGUAGGCAGAGACCAAAACAUGUAAGUAGCUAAUAUGGCGUUCUGCCUUUUUUUCGCAAAAUAUUGUGUGUAUAUUAGAAUGACCAAACAUAAUGUAAUAUGAGGAUAUUGUUUUGUUUCACGAUUUAAACGGUGUAAAAUUAA